GAUUAAAUCAAAUAGUGGAGUCCUAAGUUAUAUAACAAGGACAUACCUAAUUCAAUAAUUUUAAGUUGGAAUUAGUUUUAUUGUUAAAACUAAAGUAGAUAAUUAAAGUCAAUUACGUAAACCAAUAUGGCACCUCCUAAAAAAAGUAUUAAGAUGGACUUAGGUUCAUUCUUAGCUGAUGAUAGUCUUGGAGGAUCAUGGGCUGAUGAAGAAGUUGAUUUAAGUUCUAUUGGAGUUACUGUUAGUUCAACUGCUGCACCAGUUGGAGGUAACUUUGGAGGUUCUGGAUCAAAUGAAUCAUCUUAUGGUCGUGGUUCAUCAUCAUCUUAUGGACAAAAUCGUGAAGGAUUUGAAGAAAGAAGAGAAAGAAAAGAAUUUCCAAUUCCUGAUCAUCCACCUUAUAGAGCUAAAGCAAGUAACUUAUCAUGGGAAGUUAGUGAAGAACAAAUUAAAAGACAUUUUGAAAGUAGAAUGCAAUUAAAUGAUAUAAUUACUGAUGUUGUAUUACCAUUAGAUAGAGAUAAUGGUAGAGUUAAAGGUUAUGCAUUUCUUACAUUUACUGAAAGAGAAUAUUUAGAAGAAGCUUUAAAUUUAAAUUUAAGUGAAUUCAUGAAUAGACAAAUGUAUGUUCAAGUUGCUGCUCCUCCAAGAAAUGAAGAUGGUGAUUGGAGAUCUGGUAGAUCUGGUCCAUUAGGUAGAGGUCAAAGAGAAGAACCUGAUUUAGAUUGGGGUGCUGCUAGAUCAACUACAGCAACUUUACCUCCAAGAGAAAGAAGUAACAGAGGUGAAGGUAGACCAAACUUUGAAAGAGCUCCAAGAAGAGAUGAACCUGAUUUAGAUUGGGGAUCAGCUAGAAAUACAACUGGUACUUUACCACCAAGAGAAAGAUCAGAAAGAUCAGAAAGACCAGAUAGACCACCAAGAGAAAGAAAACCAGAACCAGAAUUUGACUGGGAUACUGCCAGACAUUCUACUGCCACCUUACCACCAAGAGAAAGAUCUAACAGAACCGAAAGAUCCGAUAGACCACCAAGAGAAAGAAAACAAGAACCUGAAUUCGAUUGGGGUUCUGCUAGAAACAGUACCGCCACCUUACCACCAAGAGAAAGAUCAAAUAGAACCAAUACUGAAAGAACCAUAAGAACCCCAAAGAAAGAAGAAGCCCAAUUUGAUUGGAAAAGAGGUCAAGCUUUACCACCACGUGCUAAAUCCAAUAGAAGUUCUUCCAAUACCACUCCAAAGAAGCAACAACACGAAGAAAAGAAGGAAGAACAAGUUAAACCACAAAAGUCUUCUUUUAGUGUAUUAGCUGUUGAAGGUGAUUCCGAUGAAGAAGAAGAAGAACAAGCAGAACAAAAAGAAGAAGUAGAACAAAAGGAAGAACCAAGCUUAGAAGCUGCUACUGAAAAAUUAACUCUUGAUAACACCAAGGAAGAUGGAUGGGAAGUGGUUGGAAAAUAAUCAGUUGUAAAUUAAAAUAAAUAAGUAAUCCCAUUUCAUCAAAACAUACUAGCAUAAUCAUAUCUUUAAAACUCUUGUCAUUUUGAGACUAACCUAACGCAUCAUGGCUCGAAGAUAGUCUGAUAUCUUCCGGACAGUAAUCUGUAAUUUGUAAUCUGUUCCAUAGAAUACCUUUUCAAUCAUUCCCUUUGUAUAGAUAUUUCUACCUUCUUUUACUCUUCUCUUCUUUUAUAUGUUUAAUUUAUAAUUUUUGAUUUGUACUGAUAUAUGGUGGUGCACGUGAUCGCGCAUAUCGUGACCUACAAAAACUAAAUGUGAGACUAUCACCAAAAUUUAGAAACUUGACCAGCCUUUAUCACUAUCCAU